AUGCCAGCACGGGUCAGCAGAGACAGCCAUAUCCAUCUCGCCCUGCAUAGUCAGGCGUACAUCGAACCGAAUUACGAGAACCAUGACGACCUUUUCGGUUUCGAGGACGACUUGUUUGGAGACGACCACGACGCCGACCAAGAUGCAAAGCCCGACGUUCCCCAGCUAUCCGACCAAACCCAGAAUAAUGCCUUCGCCAACUCUCCGUCUGUCAGCCACGGCAGUCUCGCUCUCCCUUCCAAGCCCACUAUCGCUCUGCCAGGCGCUUACACAUCUCUCGCUCUACCCCAAAUGUCUGACGAUCUCAUCGAGGACGAUCAAAUGGAAGACGUGGCUGUUGUCGAGGAGCAAGACGACGAAGAGGAUGAGNGACUGGCUACGGCAGAAAGCCCUUUUGCGGCUAUGGAGCAAGAAAGAGUUGAGCGAAGUAGAAGAGGAGGAUCCUACGAACCGCCAACCGCCCCAGAGACGGAAAUGGAAGUCUUCUAUUCUAUCUGGCCAUCAUACGACCCAGAAGAGCGCCCGCGCUUCACCGAGUUGUUCCCUCCUAGAAGAGGUAUCUACGGAUGGAAGACCCCUGUCAAGCCUCCAAAGCCCGUACAACCCACUAAACUCAGUCUUGAUCUUCAACAUGAUCAAGAGAAGAGCUUCAGGCUUUUGGGUGCCGCUACAAUGGGCAAACAUGCGAGAGAGGGACUCGGUGAACAGUUGGGUGUCGUUCGUGUCGAGGAUACUUCUACCAAGCAAGAAGACACCGAAGACGUUGUUGAUCUGGAUGAGAUCGACCCGAAUGAACAGGUUGGUGGUGUCUCGUGGCAAGAUUUGACAGUGCUUUGUGAGGAUUGGGAUAUGACGAGCGGCGCAUCCUCACCUGGCCACUACUCGCUUGUGGAUAGUGGUGUCGAUAUGGGACGAGAUUCACGCUCGCCACCCGCAGCGAAACGCAAAAUUCCUGGUUUCGACUUGGAAGAGCCGACCGCGAAAAAGCUCAAGGUUGUCGGGUUUGACCUCAAAGCUGCCGUCGCAAUAUCGCACACAUAUCCCUCUCUUGACGAGCCAGAGCGUGCAACUGCAUACAUUGCCAAGAGAAUUACCCUCGACAUGAAUGAUCCGGGUCUUUUGUUAGAUGAGAAUGCUCCUGCCGCUCAACCUAAGAGGUUGCGUCAUGUUCCUGGCGACAUGCGUCGGGAAACAAGGACUGCCAUGGCUCGCGACAUGACUAAGAGAUACAACAUCUCCAACGACGAAGCAUAUGAACUCCUCAAAGAGAACCACCAGCACAAGGUCCGCAGCACACUCGGCAGUAUGGCUGUCGAACACAGUCUGCCUGCGACCAAGCUGCAGUUCCCCUUCUACAGAGUCAGUCUGGACGACAAGCAGAAACGAGCGUUCCAUCGUCCUUNNUUGUUCUCGGGCGAGAGACCCAACAGAAGCAUCACGUUCAGCAAGCCCAAGAAACUCAAGAGGAAAGAGAUGCGUGGCAAGGAUGUCGCAACCCUGUUUGCAAAAUCCGAAGAUUUGUCUAUGGCCGACAAUUCGAGUGCAUUACUUCUUGAAUACUCUGAAGAACACCCUGUCAUGCUCUCCAACUUUGGUAUGGGCAAUCGUCUCAUCAACUACUACAGAAGAAAAGAUGCCGAAGAUUCUUCCAGACCCAAGGAAGAGAUUGGUGAAACACAAGUUCUCUUACCUCAAGAUCGCAGUCCAUUCGCCAACUUCGGCCAAGUCGACCCUGGAGAAAUGGUACCUACCAUACACAACGGUCUAUACAGGGCGCCUGUCUUUCGCCAUGAAGGAAAAUCGAACGACUUCCUUGUCAUUUGCAAUGAAACACACAAAAAUGGCAAAAAGUAUUACAUGCGCAACGUAGAGAAUUUGUAUGCUGUUGGUCAGCAAUUCCCCUCUGUGGAAGUCCCUGGCGAGCACUCCAGAAAGGUCACAGAUGCGGCCAAGCGUCGUCUCCGUGCAAUAUCUUAUCGCGUGUUCAAAAAGAGCAUCGAUCCUGUCAUUAGGGGUCACCCCCUUACCAACGAAGUUGUCAAAGCUCAUCUGCCUGGCAGUGACGUCGGUCAAAACCGUGGCAAAAUGCGUGAGUUCAUGCAAUACGACAAGAACAACCAGCUUUGGCAUCUCAAGGCAGGCGACUCUGUUCCUGACUCAGAAACUCUUCGCGGAUGGAUCAAGCCCGAGGACAUAUGUGUUCUUGAUUCGAUGCAAGUCGGUGUGCAGUACCUCAAAGACCUUGGACUCAAGAAAGAGGAUGACGAAAACGAAGAGGACGAUACUAAAGAAGGCACAAACGUCGAGCUCAAGCUUGCACCAUGGAACACGACCAAGAACUUCCUCAAUGCCUGCCAAGGUAAAGCGAUGCUUCAAUUGCAUGGCGAAGGCGAUCCAUCUGGCAGAGGUGAAGCAUUCAGUUUCAUCAAGACCUCCAUGAAGGGUGGGUUCAGAGCACAAGGCGAGAGUAUUGAAGAACGACUCGACGCCAAGCGACUCAAGGAAAAUGGAGGUCACAGCUACAAUGUAGCCAAGCAGCAAAGAGCUUAUGAUGAAUCGAUUCGUCGCAUAUGGAAGUCCCAGCACGAAAGUCUUUCGUCGCAUAUGGAGAACUCAGAGGGUGAAGCCGACGUUGACGACGAGCCCGAACCAGCACAAAGUUUCAGAGCCGGCACACCUCGAUCCUCCAUCGGAACAUCUGUCUAUGGCAACAACAGGAGGGACGACGAGUCCGCCAGUCAGUUCAGUCGCAACAGUAUGAGUCAGAACAACAAGUUCAUGACGAUCAAGAGAAGUGUGCGCGACAAAUACGGCAAUGUGGAAGAGCAGAUAGAGACUAUCACCAACCCAAGGGUCAUUGCAGCCUACAAGAAGCGCAAGCUACUGGCACGAAGCCAAGCAAUCGAGCUUUGCCCGAUGCUCAACGGUACGAUGAAGCAGGAAGAUAUGGCUGUGACAGGCUUUGGCGGUGGGCCUGGACCGGGUGCCGCUGGCGCUGGACCAGGCGGCGAAACGUCGUCGUUUGGUGCUCUACCUGCUUAG